UUCAUUACGCGCUGCCAUUUUCGUUUUGUGGCACGGUCGAGUAGAGGUAUGAUCUAAAUUAAAUUGUAUUAAAUACUGUAAACAAUUCCCAUUGCAAAGUGAUUUCAUUUGCUGUAUCGACUUCGAUUUCUGAAGAUUACAAGAACGCUGUACUUAAAACGUGACGGAAAUUGUUGACAUUCUGGGCGGAUAAGUAAUGCAGAGCCGGUAGCCGCGGCGUGAGCAGCCAUGCCGCUGCCGAAGCGCUGCGUGGAGCCGGUGCACGUGUCGCGGGGCACGGUGCCCGAGCGGCUCGCUGUCCCCUCCGAACUAGAGGCGGUUACCAAUGGAACUCUCGCCCAUACCGUCAGGCAGCUAUCUUCACUUUCCAAACAUGCGGAGGAUAUGUUCGGAGAGUUAACACGGGAAGCCACCAACCUGGCGGAACGAACGAAUGUGCUGCAGGCGAGGAUAGAUCGGCUAGCCAUCAAGGUCACACAGCUUGACUCAGGGGUAGAGGAAGUGUCGCUCCAAGACAUACAAAUGCGGAAAGCGUUCCGCUCGUCGCGGGCGUUCCAGCAGCAGCUAUUCUCGAGAAACUCGAUGCCGUCUGCGAUGCUCGCUACCUACGCUCGUUGCGAUCGACCGCCGCCGCUCGAGCGACUCAACGAGUUCCGAGACGAUGGUCGCGACGCGCGAAAGUUCUAUACCGAUCCAGAUUACUUCUUCGAGCUGUGGCGACGAGAGAUGCUGCAAGAUACUGAGAGGAUCCAGCAUGAUAGGGGGAAGAAGGUACGAGCGCCACGGAGCGGCAGCGGCGCGGAAGGACGCGGCACGCGGCGAAUACGCGCGCCGCACUCUACGCGCGAGCGGCAAAAGGCCGCGGCCGUGACGCGCGGCGAGCACAUCAUGCCCACCGCGCAGCUCAAGCACCUGGACGAGCACGUCGCGCACAACAAGCCCGACCCCGUCUACAUAUAUACAAGCGUGCCAGAUGGAAAUUACAAAACACCACAAAAUCGACCGCCUUCGACGCAGCCUGCGAGACCCAACUCAAUCGAAAUCGAGAAACAACAAAUCCGACAACCGCGACUUACAGGGAAUGGACAUGUUCCCGAGGAAAGUCCCUACGGUACGGCGCCGGAGCCGAUAUACGGGGGCAGCAUCGCGGGCACGCCUCGCCGCGCGCGCCCCUCCAUUCCGCCGCCCGCCCCGCCCGCGCCCCUGCCGCCCGCCCACGCAGCGCCCUCCCUCACGCCCACCAGGUCGUCCCUGCCCCCUCCCCCGCCGCCCCCGGAGGGCUCGCCCCCGCCGAUGAUGAACGGCGCCUCGCCCCCGCACCGCACUGCGCUAGACGCGCACUUAGACCACAUGCAUGCUGUUAUUGGUAUGAUGUCAUCGGAAGAAGGCGGGGUAUCACCGCCCCCUCCCCCUCCCGCGCCGCCCGCUCCCCCCGCGCCGCCCCCUCCCGCGGACGUGACCGGGGCGGGGGUGACGGUAGGGGCAGGGGCGGGGGAGGACCGGCCCCGGCCUCCGUCCCCGGGAGCCCUGGCCCGCGGUGCCUCCGCCCUCAAACCGCCGCGCCCCGCCGCCGACCCGCAGCCCGACCCGCGCACCGACCUACUGAAGGCCAUCCGCCUGGGCAUAAAACUGCGCAAAGUCGAGAAGCGUUGCGACGACACCACCGGACGCUACGACACGUUACGCGGCGCGCCCGCCUUCCACGACGUAGCUUCUAUACUCGCCCGGCGAGUCGCCGUCGAGCUCAGCGACACAAGUUCCGGCGCCGAUUCCGACUCCGACGACUCCGACCAGUGGACCGAGUCCCGUGCGUGACGUCGCGCCGUCCACCGACCGCCCGACCCUCCCCCCGACCCAGAGCCCAAACCCUCCCCCCAAAAAAUCCCCCACGAAAGCUCCCCGCCCAAAAAAACUUUGACCUUUGAAACUUCUCAAGCAAACAUUCUCCCAUCCACCUUCAAAACCUCUCAAACCCAAAUCGAUAUCGAAUCCUCUCCACCUAAAAAUAUACCCUUCACCUUCAAAACAACAACACAAACGGUGUCUAUAAAGCAAUCCCCGCCGAGAAACGUGCCAGAUCUGCUGCGGAAUCAACCUCAGAACUCUUUUCGUGCGCCCAGAGAAUCUUUCGAUGCACCUUCACCUCCGCCAUCGAAGGAAGCUCCGAAUAAAGAGACUUUGAGUCCUCCGAAAACCGAAUCCCCCCCUUUGAAUAUGCAAAAGAAGGAAGUCGUCUCACCUCCUCAGCGAGAAUCGAUGCCGCGCAAAAAGGAAUACCCCUCUCCCCCGAAGCGACAGGAUUCUAUAAAAACGGAGCAGCAACCCCAGAAAGAUUCCACGGAAAUCGCUUCAACCCCGGUUUCAGCUUUCAAAAAAAACCGAACGGAUUCGAAAGGCGAUGAAAACAGAGUGAACACGAAAGCGAUGGUUAAAGAUGCGGCGGUAACGAAACAGGUGCCCAUCAGGAAUGAAAAGUUAGCCCCCGUAGUGAAUAAUCAAGUGGAAAAAGCGGCUGGUGAAAAUGAUACAGAAGAGUUGGAAGCGAAAAAAGAAAAGAUCACCUUGAGCGAGGAAUCUAACGGGGUGGGGGAUAAGAUUAAGAAGUUCGAGAAGGCCGCAGAAGAUGCUAGCGCCACUUUGGGGCGGAUGUCAAGGCCGGGAUCGGUUCGAAGCCGCUCGCGUACCGAACGACUGGGCUCCGAUAGCAAGGAGGAUUUACCACCGCCAGCCACGCCUUUCAAAGACAACGUUCAUUUCGAUCUGUCAACCGCCACGGCCAGUCCAGUAGAGAAAGCAGUCACAAUACUGGAAAGGCAACAAAGCUUAACCAAAAACAGCAACUCCAACUUGAAAUGGCAAAAGAGCGACAGCAACGAAGUGGACAAAGUCAAACCUGAGCCGCAGAAGAUCAUCAAGCCGGAAUUCAAGCCGAUCGUAUCGCCCGUCGAAGUGACCAUCAGAUCGCCCAGCUUAGGCACCAAACUGCCGGACCAGUUCCCGUCGCACGGCACCGCGUUCCGGAACGUCGCAUCUCCUGAUCCGGCACGCGCCACCGUUCAUAAGUCCAGCGAUGAUGUGACCGCUCAGAAUAACUUGAAGGCAUGCAAAUUGAAGAACAAAGAAAAGUACUCCGUCAGCAAGGGCUCAAGUUAUUUCACGAGGGGUUCCGAGGAGAUAUGGCUAGUAAAGAAGAAGGAUAUCGAGGAGAUCGAAGAAAGGGUGCUGGAUUCGUUUAGGCGCGCGGGUGGCAAUAUUUGCAUGAGGAGUGAAUCGAUGCGACCGUCCUCUGAUAGCGGGCAAGGGGCAUCGUUCACUCACGCGACUAUGGGAAGGACCAAACGGCAGAUGUACGCCAGGAGCGAAUCCUUGGACCCCCAAUGGGCUGGUGCUCGAUCGCAGACCUUGAAGCGUCAGACUUCGGUAGCUUGCACGUGUGGCCAUGAUAAGAAGACGCGAGCUAAAAGCGCCGGAGCAAGCGAUACAAGCGCGCGACCCCGGUCUCGCUCUCACGGCGACGACAACAACCAAGCGCACGUGCUUGAUAAGUACGAAACGCUCGUGUAAUAUACCCAAUACCUCCGUCUUUGUAUUCCAUGCACGAAUAGGUAACGCUACAGACCCAGGUCUUGGUCUGUGUGCUUGAAUACUUGAACAGGUAGGCCCAGUUAUGCAGGUCAGUAUUAUGGUGCGGUGCAUGGAAUAUGAUUCUGUAGUAAUUUAUAGUGCAUACACAUAAUCAGUGUGGUGUAACAAUUCAAUUUUAUGUAACAAUCGUAUCUAUUUAGUAAGGGGAUGUAAGCUUAUGAAGAAGGCUAGUCUAGUGCGAAGCGGGAUUGAAUUUAAAAGUGAUGGAUAUAUAUAUAUCUUUUUAAACCAAAAAUAUAUAUCUGUACGAAGUAAAUAUUAGUGAUGACAAGUUAUGUUAGGUGUAGUUUCUGAAUUCUUCCCUUCGUCGUUUUUAUGAAUGAAUUGUAUAAUGUUGCCGUCUUAGUUUUCUUUUUGUUCAUAUUAUGUGAUGAAAAAUACAUUUACAAUCUACAGAGUUGACUGCAUCGCAGCAUUGACUUCCUAAACAAAGCACAACCUACAUUAAUGGUGCUUUGCUUGUUGAAUAUAUUUCACGAAAAUCAUAGAAGCUGUUUGAAGUUUAGUGGUUGUGAAAGUUAUGUUUUGAGAUUGUGUAACAUAUUCUGUUUAUGAAUUACUUUAUAAAUUAGGUCCCAAUCUAUUUGUCCGAAAUCGGACAAAUGUUGAUGCAAAAUAAUACUCUACGAAAUCUUUCUGUUCUCAUCAAUAUUUCAUUCUGUCAAUACAUUAAGGAAACAAUAAUAGUCUAAUAUGCUUUUGAAUACAAUUUUGUAAUUUCAUAAUGAAUGUGACCUCCAUUUGUAGUGCCAACUAGUAAUCAUCAUGUAUAGUUUCAUCAAAAUACAUAAUUAUAUUACAAAUACCGAUAGCUUCCAUUUUAUAUAAUAAAAAUUUUGUACUCAUUCUGGUAGUUAAAAAUAUAAUUAUCUUAACAAAUUAACUUGUAACCUUUCUUGUAACGAAAGGAAGCUGAGCAUCUUUAAAAUUUUUGCUUAUUUCGAAACGAGCAAUAAUUUUGAGACUACAAAAAUGUAAAGACCAACAAAUUUUCCAAAAAUUUGAUAACCAUAGGAAUGGCUAAACGAUUUCUUUUUAUUUCUAUUUGGAAGUUUCAAAUGAUUGAUGUUUAAAUCAACUGACUGAUUAAAGAAAUGCAAAGCUAUAUAAUUUCUCCCCAUUUCUUACUUACAUUAUUUAUAUGCAUUCCAAAAUAUUUUGUUGCUCGUCAACUCUCAUCUCAUCUGUUAUCAAAUAAUAUUAUGUUGAAUUGUAAAAGAGCAACGAAUAUGUACCAAAUUGUCUUAAUAAUUAUGUAAUGUACCUAGGUAGGGAAUAAGUAUUCAAACCUUUUUAAUACUUUUAUUGAUGAUGAUGUGCAUUUUGUUUUGUUUUUUUUUUAUUAUUAUUUGAAUGUGAAAACAUUCUUAUUGAAACUUAUCUCAAACAUUUUUUACAAAUGUUUACCAAUACAUAAAUGGUUUAUUUUUAAACAAUGUAUUUUAUGCUAAAAUAAAUUUAUCCUGCCAAUUUUUUGUUAUAUUGAAUUUUGAUAAAAGUCACAUAAGUAAUUGAGCCAAUGGAUAAUUUUAGUUCAUUUUUACUACAAACUAUGGCAUAUGAUGCGAACAAAUUAAAAUUGUGAAAUAUGAUUAUUAAACGCAAAUCAUGAAUUAUUAUUUAUUAGUAGAUCACAUUUUUUAAGUGAUCCAGUUUCAUUUCUUAUUUUUGUUAAGUAAUUGAAAAGUUAAAUCAUGAUUUUUAUAUAAAUAUUGAAAAAUACAUACACUAUAGCUAUUUUGUAAAGUGCAGCAAGAGCGACUUUAUUUUAUCAAUAACAGUUUCAUUAGUAGUUUCAGAAAAAAUCUUGAAUUAUAGUUCCGAAAUUUUUAUAUCUAUCUGAAAGUGUAUGUAUAAUUUGAAUGAAUGUAGCAUAGUCUUAUAAAGUACGUAUGGUAAUAUGAACAUGAUUAGUAUUUAGUAAAAGUGUAAAUUAUAGCUGUAAGGGAAUGAGUAAAGCAUGUUUUAUAUUAUGUAGAUUACGUAAAUGCCUCUUUGUUUUGCCCUUUUAAGGCAAAAAGCUGAUUAUUUAUUUGCAUUUUUUCUUAAAUGUUUAUAAUUUUAAAUAUUGAUUAAAUGAAAAGCUAAGUUGUUGUAUUUGCUAAUAGAGUCCUCGAAAUGACAUCACUUGCUAAUUUUAAUGUGAUUUAUUAUUUUGCCUUACCUAUGCCACUAAUAUUAACAACAGUGGAGCAAAACUCUAUGAAUAAUAAAUCACGUUUUAAUUACUAGAAAGGAUAAAAUGCACCCAAUAUGGACUUUAAUGUCAUGAGUAAUAAGAGAGUAUUUUAUAAAUUGUUUAUUUGCUAAUACAAUUUAAGUUAAC